ACGCGCCACCCGCCCACCCCAGGGCUAUGAUUGCGAUAUAUAUUUAUAUGAUAUAUAUUUAUAUAUACGUGAGGGUGCAGGCUGCAGUCCCACACUCAAGGUCCCCGACUCUUGGUUAAGUACAUCCUCGUGAAUGUUACUACUCCAUUAAAAUAUAUCCUAAUGGGUAUGGGAGCCUAACCAACUACCCCCCAAUAGCACUUCACAGCAAAAUCAUCUAACAGCGCAAUACCUUCUAAUAGUUAUUAGCUAGUCUCUAAUUAGCCAACAGGGUUUGAAGAUUACCUGCGUUCAAGGCCUUGAGUUAGUGCGAAUUGCACAGCUGGGAGGGAAAUUCAGGUGGCAACCUCGUAAUGUGGCUUAAAAUGGCUUGCGGUAAUAGGCCUAGAAUGAGAGGGGCUGGAUUCCGUCGUGUGAACAACUGAAGACAAACCUUCCGAUUCCUAUAUUCCCAUAAGCUAGCUGUUUUAUAAACUACAACGUUUCAUCGACUGAAGAGUGAUACCCGCGACUCCAAGUCAACUUGUUUCAGAUGGCGCAGUUUACAUACACCUCCGACACUGAUUCUCCAACUACCACUGACGAUGAUGACUCCGAACUUGAUGUCUUGAAUCUUCACUUAGGUGAUCCCACGAUCCCACCGAAUAUAAGGGAAAAUAAACUAUGCCGACGAUGCUCCCAAAUCUAUUCCACGAGCCAUUUCGACUCCGCUCGAUUCCACCCAGUCGACAAAUUAGCCACUCGCAGAUGUUUCUUCUGCCAAUACAUCUUUCGUAUGUCAAAUAUAGAACCUAAACUCUACGAGCGAAUACCCACCAACGAAUACGCAGUACUAGAUGCAGCACCUUCUGAGUAUACCUUAAGGAUCGGAGAAAGGGAGCAGGCUUCGAUUUAUUCUGAUGAACAUAACCCCACCAGAAUCAGAUUUACACCAUCAAUCAUUGGCUCCGAACCCUUAUCGCCAGAUUUAGUCCGUGGCUGGCUGGCAAAGUGCGAAAGCCAGCAUACGAGUUGCAACGCCGCCCCGAGUUCCAGGAUAGUUAAAAUCAACCUCAUUGACGUAGAUCGUCUCUGUAUAAUCAGCGACUUCACGUCUGCUCGAUAUAUAGCGCUAAGUUACGUUGUCGGUGGCCAACCUAGCCUUCAACUUACGACAAAAAACACCACCCGACUUCGCAAAGAAAACGCCUUAGCCCCCGAUGCGCUCAACGAGACCUAUAGGCCAAACAUUGCAAAAGUUGUGCAAGAUGCCAUUACACUAGCAAAAUCCAUAAAUGAAAAGUUCCUUUGGGCUGAUUGCCUUUGCAUCGUCCAAGACGACGCAGUAUCGAAACACGAUCAAAUUAUGAGUAUGGAUAUUAUCUAUAGUCAAGCAAUCCUGACUAUAGUGUCCGUCUCAGGAACAGACUUGAACUGUGGCUUACCUGGCAUCCGACCGGGCUCAAGACGGCCCCUAGAUUUAACUGUGGAAGUGAAUGGAAAUAGGCUUCUAGCACAACCGCCUGAUCUCCGGCAGAUAUUAGCUGCCUCGCCUUAUGACUCUCGGGGAUGGACCUUCCAAGAACGAAUUUUAUCUCCUCGAUGUGUAUACCUCUGUAACUGGCAGGCCUACUUUCAGUGUCAUACCAGUAUCCAAUCAGAAUACAAUAGCGCACCAUAGGGUAUCGACCUCUACAUGGGAUUAGGCCAAAUGUCAGUUUGAACGGCACUAUCCAGAUGUUCGAAAGAUAUACCAAAUUGGUGGAGGAAUAUACAAGGCGCCACCUAUCAUGGGAAGAGGAUAUAUUGAACGCUUUUUCAGGUAUCUCGUCCGCUUUAGGACGCUAUCACCAAACACGAUUUAUAUGCGGUAUACCGACUGACGCCCUGGAACGGGCCCUUCUCUGGGCACCGAGCGAGUCGCGCAAGCCUCGCCCUGUCCUAAAUCGAAGGGAGGGAAUUCAACUCCCAACAUGGUCUUGGGCUGCUUGGGAUGAGGCAAUAAAUUAUCAUGCGAUCAAUCACCCAACAUUCGCCAGCUUAUCCUCCCGCAUGGGUAAGGUCAAGCUU